AUGUCAUACAGAAGAAAUACAGGUGGUGGUACCACUACCACUCAGUGGACAGAUGAUAUCGAUGACUUGGAUGCCAAUAGUAAUAAUGUAAAAGGUGGGUUCGGAACAGGAACAAAGUACAGGGAUCAUAAUGAGGGAUUCUUCUCAAAACUACCAUUCCUACGAAGUAUUCCGAUUCCAACAGCGCCAUUCCCACGACUACUAAUGAGUAUCGUUUUAGAUAUCGUCGGUAUCUAUACUCAACUCAUCCCGUUGUUUGGCUUUGCAAUGUGGCCUACUAUCAGUUCCUAUCUUAUCUAUCGACUCUACGGUAGUUCGUUCGGUGUUAUGUUGUCUUUUGUUGAAGAAACUGUAUGCAUACAUCAAAUACCAGGUUUAGGAUUUAUACCUACAGCAACACUUUGUUGGUUGAAUGAGAAAUACGACUUGAUGUUGAUGACACAGAAAUACCUACCAUGGGUAAAGAGUCUAAGUAGUCUUAGAUCUAUUUAUUAUACAGUCUAUAAGGUUGUAAAGUAUAUAUUCAUUGCAACUCUUACAUUCAUCGUUUAUAAGAUGUUAUCGAUAUUCCAAGGCGGUACUCUAUUCAAUAGUUUACUAAACUCUUUGUUUGAAACGAUAUUUAAAUCAUCAAGCAAUCAACAACAUCAAUAA